AUGGCUGUCUUGUCCUUCCUCCCACCGCUCCCACCCUUCCUCUUCUCGGCGUUGGUUGUGAGCAGUCUCGCCUCCAAGGCUUUACAUAUCGGCCUUCAUUUCCGUUCGCUACCGUUCCUUUAUCUCGUACUAUACUCCCCGACUCUCGUUUUACCGGAAUUCCUCAUCAUCAGUGUCGUCCGAUUGCUAUUACAAUUCCCCGCUCCCGAAUCCCGCUUACAAUGGCUAUCAACAUGUUUGGGUGGACUACUCUCUUUAAUCACCUGGGGUGCCUCCUCAAUCCAAUUCGGCUUCUUCAUGCAGACCGGUGCCGAGGUCGCUUGGGCCGCCAGCAAUAGUUUCCUCAGCGAUCCCGCCGCCAUGAAGAUCUUGUUAAGCGGCAUCUCCACCGUCUCCGCCGCCGCUACCGUCUUAGGCCUCGUCGCCUGGUUGAUCCAUGCCCACCUCUACAACUUGACCGGGAUCGCCUUACAGGGAGUCCGAGACUUGAUGAUUGGCGCAUUCAGAGCACGACGUAAUAUACUUUCCGUUCCCAGCAAAUCCUGGAUCGCCUCCGUCGACCUUCGAUCUGUUCGUCGAACCGCUUUCUUAGUUGCCACGUUGAUAUCGCUGUUGUUUUUGGAGAUUUCACGACCUGCGAUUCCAUACGACCAUCUUUCCGGUGCCCUGCCUUUGACUCUACUUGAUGCAUUUACCAAGAAAACCAGCACGCUGGAAGGCUGCCGGAACCCUUCCAAGCCCUUCCCUCUUUGGCCCUUGGACAAGACGGGCCCUCUGGAUAAUGAAUGGUUGCGACCCUCAUGGCUGCCUUUAGAUCCACCUUCAGGCUUCACCCGUUGGGAUAUGAGUCCCGAGGAACGUGCCAAAAAGGACAACCCUUCUUAUUAUCUCUGCAGUGGUGACGAGAAUGCUUUCUUUGACCCCAAGACAGACCCUCUCAAGAUUUCUAAUCUGGGUGGCGAUAUAUAUGAGCCUUUGAAGAAAGCCUUCGAGGAGCAUUCUGUUGAAAUUAACAACAUUGUCCUUUUGACCCUCGAAAGUGGGCGAAAAGAGAUGUUUCCUAUGCAACAAGGCACGCCUAUGUUCGAUGCGCUUAUUGCCUCUCACAAGGAGAAAAAGAAAGAAGCAGCGAUUGACCGCCUGGUCGAGAUGACCCCAAUUGCGCAGAUGUUGACGGGUGAAUAUGUGAUGAACAGUAAGGGGGAGAAGGUGAAUUUGACCGAAGCCAAUUGGCAAGACUCCGCCGAGGAAGGUAUGGGGGGAUUAAACGUACGCGGUGCACUCACUGGCAGCUCUUUGACAUUCAAGAGUAUCCUGGGCAGCCACUGUGGUGUUCAUCCUUUGCCCGUGGACCUCCUGGAGGAAUCCAUGCUUGAAAUCUACCAACCAUGCUUACCACAGCUUUUGGAAUUAUUUAACCAGAAGAAAUCAUCCAACACCAUUGAAAGUCGUACCACCGCCUCCAAUCAUUCCGAGGCUUUACAAAAUCAGUGGAAAUCCGUUUUCAUGCAAUCCAUCACUGAUGACUACGACCGUCAAGAUAUCUUGGAUAAAAACAUGGGCUUCAAGCACAAAGUUGUGAAGCAGACCAUGAACUCCUUCAAGUCAAAAUACAAACCAAAGGGCGAAGAGGUCAACUACUUUGGCUACGCCGAGACAGAAUUGAAGCCGUACAUCCGAGACCUGUUCUACGAGGCCGCAAACAACAAGACCCGCGUCUUUCUAUCCCACGUCACCAGCACAACACAUCACCCCUGGGGCACCCCGAAAGACUUCAAGAAAGAAAAAUACAUGGGCAACGAAGGCACCGCCAACCACGAUCUGAUGAACAGCUACCUAAACGCCGCCCGAUUCGUCGACAACUGGCUCGGCGACGUCCUCAACAUGCUAGACGAGACCGGCAUUGCCAACUCAACUCUAGUCGUCAUCGUAGGCGACCACGGCCAAGCCUUCGGUGAAGACAACAAAGACAUGACAGGCACCUACGAAAACGGACAUAUCAGCAACUUCCGCGUCCCCCUCGUCUUCCGACACCCCCACAUGCCCCACAUCGACAUCACAGCCAACGCUACCUCUCUCGCCAUCAUCCCCACAAUCCUGGACAUGCUCGUCCAGUCUGAAUCCCUCGACAAGACCGAUUCCGAAAUCGCCUCCGCACUGCUUCCAGAGUACCAGGGCCAAUCACUGAUCAGACCUUUCGUCUCUUCCCUCAAAAACAAACCACCUCCCCACGACAAUGACCACGACCACGAUCACCACGAUGGUCAGAUCAAGCGCCCGGACGAAAUCGAGGAGCGUGCUCCGCACAAAAACCACGGACCCCCACGUACCCGCUAUGUAUGGAACUUCGGACUCAUCAAUGCGGGUGGAUCAAUGAUCUCGGUUACGGCUGCUGGAAUGCCGUACCGACUCAUUCUUCCCCUUCGUGAAGGCUUCGAGUAUGUCUUUACGCACUUGGACAAGGAUCCGGGUGAGCUGCGGCCUCUAACGGCAUGGACUCUGUCCGAGCUUAGCCACGAAGUUCUUUCGAAAUAUGACGAGGACGCAGUCGAGUGGCUUGAGGAGGCGGAGAAGGUUGGGAAUUGGUGGACAAAUGAACAAAGGCGGGUAUGGGGCUACAGGGAGGCCUAA